AUGAAAGUUGCAUACGCUUUCUUACCAUUUCCAGCUAAUUUUAAGCAAGCGUGUAACGCAACUUUACCGGCUACUCCACCAUGGACUUUUGGAGCAACCGGAAAUCCAUUUAUGACCACUUCUUCCCCUUAUCAACCAACAGUCAAAGUUAAUGGAACAUUAUAUACAAUUGUACGAAUGUUGGGAGAAGGCUUACAUAGUCGAGUAUAUGCAGCAAUUGAUUCAAGAACGUCAGUACCAGUAGCAAUUAAAGUUGUCAGCAAUAUCGAUCCAGUCGAUAAUGGUGAACAUUCUCAAAUGUUUUUCAAAGAAAUUCGCUAUUUAACGAAAUUACAACCAAGAAAUCCUUAUGUCAUACGUGUAUUCAAUCACGAUUUUGAUCUUCGAACACAAACGGGUAAAAUUGUUAUGGAAACAGGACAAGAUUUUCGAUUUAUGUUGCCAUUACAUUCAUCACCCGAAGAGGUGCGAAUUGAAUAUAAAUUCUUUAAGAGAAUGACAGACUCACAAGCAAAAUAUUAUUGGUAUCAAAUGGUUGAUGCUGUUAAACAUCUUCAUCAAAAUGGUAUAAUACAUUCAGAUAUCAAGCCAGAAAACUUUAUUAUGGUAGAUCAAGGACAAUUGCGUAUUAUUGACUUAGGUUUAUCAUUUCGUUUACCUCAAACACAAACGUCCGCAUUACGGCCAUUUGCGGGGAUAUUACUAUUUGAGAUGGUAUUCGGUUAUCGGCCAUUUGAACAUAUCCAAGAUAAUUUUGAGAAAAUGACUCACAUCGCAAAUAUGGCCCAAAAUAUUCAUAUACCACCAACAAAUAAUCCACAUCUCGCAGAUAUCCUUCAACGGUGUUUACAGAUGAAUCCAUUGCGACGACCGACAGCAGAACAAAUUCUACAACAUCAGUUUUUAAACUCAUAG